UCAAAUAAAAGAGUUUCUUAGUCACGCUGAAGGUGAAUUUAAAGGAUUUCUCCGUGAAUUUCCCGAGAAAAUCGAGUAAAUAUUGUAUUAUUUGUGGUUGCAGUACGUGCAAGAAGGUCUCAAGAUGCUGAUUAAAGUAAAGACUCUCACCGGGAAAGAGAUUGAAAUUGAUAUAGAGCCCACAGACAAGGUGGACAGGAUCAAGGAGCGCGUUGAGGAAAAGGAAGGAAUUCCGCCACAGCAACAGAGAUUGAUCUUUUCCGGAAAACAAAUGAAUGAUGACAAAACAGCGGCAGAUUACAAGGUUCAAGGAGGUUCUGUGUUGCAUCUUGUCUUGGCUCUACGUGGUGGUUCAUCUCAAUUUCAAUAAAUUUGAUUAAGUUCGCUUCUCACUAAAGACUUUCUUUU